AUGGCUAUAGCAUCCGCCACCGUUAUCCUGGUGCCGCCUUCGGGCCAUGGAUCCGCACAGUGGAAGCCCAGAGCAAAUUAUGGCGCUGGGAAUGGAUCGGACCAUCUUGCAAAUGCCUAUGUCGCUAUGAGUGCACAGACAAGUUUCCACGUGUUCUCCAUAUCUACUAGAUCCCCCUCCGAAGAAGAGUUUUUCGGGAACAAAUGCUGGCGCCGCAUUCACGAUAACCGCAUCAACACCUAUGUUCCAUAUUGCUGGUCUACGGGCAUCUGGGAUGAUGCGGCCGUGAUGAAGCUGUUCUGGGUGACUAGGCCAAGUGGGAUGCUGGCAGCUAUCAGGAGAUUUCACCGAGCAUCCCUCUUAAAACGUCUUCCUUCACUGUCUACGAAGGAUGUCAAAUUAACCACACAGAAACAUCCAAUCACCACUCCGGGGACACAGCGCCCCCGUCAGGGCACCCUUCUCGGGCUCUAA